AUGCUCAAUCUCUGGGUUCUACUUGCCGCCGCUAUAGGCUACGUCGCUUUCAAUCUGCUCUCCAGUCGGAAAUCCUAUCCCCCUGGUCCUCAGCCAAAGCCUAUCGUAGGAAACGACGUCCCUAACUCAGAAAUAUGGGCUGUCCUUGGCAAAUGGGCUAAGAAAUACGGAGACAUCAUUCACUUCCGCAUUUUCAGUCGGCAUUUCAUUGUCUUGAGCAGCCUUGAAUCCACUCUUGACUUGUACGAAAAGCGUUCAAAGACGUAUGCUGGCCGUCCAACUUCCGCUAUGUCGGACUUGGUGCGCAACGGCUCUGUCUUGUUCUCACAGCCUGGAAACCGUCUUGAGAUCUACCGACGUCUACUGCGAGCCUGGCUCAACCCGGACAUUGCCAAGAAGCAUUUCCACAUCCAGCGGGAAGAAACUAACAACUUCCUCAAGAAAGUAGUUGGCUCUAAGGACACCAUGAGUAUAAUGGCAAGACGAUACGCUGGAUCCAUUGCGAUUCGGCUUGCUUAUGGCGACAUACCUGGAGACAAAAAGGAAGAGUUCGCACAAAUAGCUGAUGAGCUCCUCCAAGUGCAGAAUCAGGGUGGCCAGCCCGGUCGUUGGCUUGUGAACUCAUUCCCUAUUUUGCGAUUCGUUCCUGCUUGGUUCCCAGGAGCGUACUUCAAAAAAUGGGCGUCUGAGACCCACAUCAAGACGAAUGAGCUUAUUAAGACACCUAUCCAAAUGAUCCGCCAGCAGAUGUCUACGGGAGAAGCUGUACCCUCCUUUGCGACCCAUUUCCUUGAAAACACUGAAGGGCUUAUUCCUCAUCGUGCCGAUCGAGAUGAUAUUGUAGCUUGCGCCGCUAACAGCUUCUAUGCAGCGGGGACGGAAACCACCUCAGGCUUUGUUGCACUCUGUUUCCUUCUGCUUUCUUUGCAUCCGGAAGUUUUGCGCAAAGGUCAAGCAGAAAUCGAUGCGGUCGUCGGCACUGAGGCCCUUCCCAGUAUCGAGCACCGGACUGAACUUCCGUACAUUGAAUCUGUCCUAAAGGAAGUUCAUCGUUUCCAUCCCGCUGCUCCUCUCUUGUUCCACGCCACUACUGAGGAUGACAACUACAAAGGAUAUUUCAUCCCCAAGGGCUGCACAGUUUAUGCUAACAUUUGGCUUAUGCUGCGCGAUCCGGCUCAUUAUGCUGAACCCGAGCUGUUCAAUCCCGACCGCUUUAUGGUUGAAUCUCCUCCCCCAGACCCUCGUAAACUAACUUUCGGACUCGGCCGCAGGAAUUGCCCCGGUCAACACGUUGGAGACGUUUCUCUCUGGCUCACCCUUGCCCGAACUAUCGCCACUUGCAAUAUUAAGUCGUGCACUAUGGUCGACGGCAAGCAUAUCGAUAAGCUAAACAUUCCGUUCAUGCAAGGACUAGCCUCUGCUCCCGAACCGUUUUACUGCGAUGUUGAGUACCGGUCGCAAGCAUACAGGGAAAUGUUGGAUCAUUGA